AUGGAGCGAACGAAGUACCUUACAAAGUCAACGACGCAAUUGAUUAAUAGCGGUGAAAAAGAAGAAUUUCUUCUUUUACUUGCAAAAGAUAUAAAAAGCGGAGAUGUUAAGAGUGCCAAUAUUAGGCUUGAUACUUUAGAAAGAAAAGAAAGUCUUGAAUGGCUGAAAGAGUAUUCAUCCUAUAAUAGUAAAAGCGAAACUCUACUCCAUUUAGCAGUCAAGAAGCUUGAUGAGGAAUCUUUCAUAAGAAAGCUCGCAGAACUAUGUUCUCAGUUACUUACUUCACAAGUCAAAGAUCAAGAGAAAUUUUGUGGACAGACAGUCCUUCAUAUAUCCAUUACCAAGGGAAACGCUGUACUGACCAAAACACUGCUGGAUGUUGUCCAUCAGAAAGAAAACGACAGAAUGUCAGAAUUAUUACAGUUAACGGCGACAGGAGGUCGGUUUGUGAACACUGUGAUGAUGGGACAACUUCCUCUAUCAGUGGCUGCACUGACGGGUAAUGCCGAGAUCGUUGACAUUCUCUUAGAUUAUGGAGCUAAUUUGCAUGCUCAAAAUGGGGAGGGUGAUACCGUAUUCCAUUCUAUAGUUAAAUAUGCGGCAAUAUACCCAGAAAAAGUAAUGGCUAUCAUUCAAAUGUUUCGAUAUCUUACCGGAAAACUGGAAAGCAAAUAUCAAAUCGACACAACCAUAGAUAUCAACUCUGAAGAUGAUAAAUGUCGACACAUACAUUCGUUUGUUUUGUUCAUGAAAAAUAGAGAGAACAUGACUCCACUUCAACUUGCCGCCAAACACGGAGUUUUUGAGCUUUUUGAAGAGAUAAUUAACAUGAGAAAUGUUUACUGCUUUAUCAGAGAAAACGAUGGGUUGUAUGACGUUAAAGAGUACGACAUAACAGAAAUAGACAAUGUUAGCAUUAUUCGCACCUCAGAUCACAGACGUGAACAACGAGUUGCUUCCAAACCAGAAAACACAACUCCACAGUUUGAAGGAGAACCUACAAAAAGACUUCACAUAAAUGAAACGCCAUGUGGGCCUUGCUGUUUCAAUCCCGAUUCUGUAUCGGUAUUAGAGAUGCUAUUCAGAUAUGACUACGACAGAAAAGAUGCCUAUCGUAUUAUUGAGUUAACUCCUGUAAAAAAUAUCAUAAAAAUGAAAUGGGACAUUUAUAAAUGGGUUUUCCUAUUGUUGAUGAUACUUCAUUAUCUUUUUAUAACAUUUCUCACUAUAUAUAGCGUAUACAACGUUGAAUUAGGCAUUCAAACAGUGAAUGGAAAUAAUGCCUCAUUAUUUUCUGAAAUUUUUGUAUACGGGUUUCGAUGGGUAUCAUUUUGUUGUGGCUCUUUAUAUGGUUUCAUUGGGUUUCGUUUAUUAAGUGCUAAGUUCCGAAAGAAAAAUAUCAUUUUUUACUUUACGCAUAAUUUAGAAUAUAUUACUCCAAUGCUAAUUUUAUCUGUUACAAUGAUCCUCGAUGUAGUGUGGUCUUUAAUAGAAGAACACGACAAUAUUCCACUUAUUGUUGCUUUGAUUUGCGGCUGGUGGUUGAAUAUAUUCUUUCUUUCACCAAUAAAACAUUUCAGCUUCUUCACAGAACUAAUUAAGCAGGUGAUCAUCGGGGAUCUUAUCCGAUUUGGACUAGUUAUUCUAUUUGGAUUGUUUUCUUUCUCCGCUGGGAUGUACAUCGUUUUUCGAGGAACAGGCGAAGAUGAUUUCUCGUCAUACAGAAGUACGAUGAUGGCAAUGUUUAAGCUUGGAAUUGGGAUCAGCGAUAUAAGCGUACUAUAUUCUGCCCGAAUUCCGUGGGUAGCGGUUACAAUCUUCAUUGUCUUUACAGUUUUUACAUAUCUUCUCAUGCUUAAUGCCUUGAUUGCGAUGAUGUCACAGACAUGUUCCCUUGUGCUAGAAGAACGGUUUCCUCAGUGGCGAACACAACAACUGUCUAUUGUUCUCUUAAUAGAGGAUAUAUUCUGUUAUUGCUGUUUUGAGUAUAUAUUGUCAUGUGUAGGGACACCAAUAACUUCAAAAGGUUAUGAUCCAAUGACAAGGACGAAGAAAAAAGAAAAGCGAUAUGUCUUAGAAAUACAUUCCUUGCAAAUGGAAUAUGCGACACAAGAGGACAAAACAUCUAUAAACAAAAAAUCUGCCAAAAGGCAAACACUAUGCCUACAAUCAAUAGUCGAGGAAAACCUAUUAAGGAGUCAAACUUUUACAAAUCCUCUUUCCUCUAAUAUUUUCCCAGCUCGACAAAGUUCGAUUUAUACGACGGCCGUUCAAGCCUCUGGGUCUUUUCAACCGUACGGUGCUCGUAAGUCAAAAGAGGGAAAAAAAAGAAAGCGUCUAGAAAAAUUAGAUGAAAUGAACACUAACUAAGAAAAUGAAGAGUCAAAAAAGUUUAGACCAGUAUCACCAAGAGUACGUUCAUCUAAGAAACCGACUUUAGUAUCGCAGAUGGGAAAAUCCUUUUCCGAGAAUGGCAUGGAAACUCGAAACCAACAUUCGCCUGUUGUGGAUAUUGAGCCAUUGACUUGUCAUCUUAAUCUAGCUAAAUCACCGUUUGAUAGACAAAAGAACGAAAAAAAAACCAUCUGAGUAUGAAAUCUGAAAUAUAACUGAUUCUUUCACUUGAAAGAAAUUAGUAGGUCAUUUUAGAAAAUGUAUAUGAAUCUCAAAGUGGAAAUUAUAAGUGUAUGAAUUUGUCUGUGAUGAUAUUGUAGGGGAAAAAACCCCCGAAACAAUUAUUGUUAAUAUUAGAUAAGACAUUUUAGCGAGUAUUUUUGAUUCAUGCUUCGUUGUUUUCGAUGCUUUACAGCAAGGGAAUGGCAUAUCACGUUUGGGAUUUCACAUGAAAUGUUGUCGUUAACCUUCUUACAUUUUAAAAGAUAUAUUUUUUUUUAUUGAAACAUGUUUGGUUAUUUAGCUGAUGAAUGUUGUUAAAGAGGCAUGGCCACGAUUUUGGUCAAUAAUGUACUUCCAAAUUAUAAUGUUUACAAUGCUUCAGUAAGGCGUGCAUUUUUAAUAGGCAACAAAAAUUAAAGCAUCACCAGUUGAGUUAUAAGUUCCAGAGAUAACAGGUCUUUGCUAUGUUUUACAAGUUGUUUUUAAAAAUUCCAGUUUUUGACCCAAAAUAAUAGUUUAAAUGUUAAGAAAUGAUUAUUCAUGCUUUAAAGGAAAAAGAAGAUUGAAAAUUCAGCUUGUUUAGUAAACCUACAUGUAUGUAAACAAAAACAGGACACGUGCCCUGUUUACAAGACCUGUGAGUCUUCUACCUUGUCGAUAAUUCAACGACUUACUCUUAAAUUUCAUUUGAUCAUUAGAAAUGAAGUACUAAAGCAUUGUAACUAAUAGAAACAGAAAAAUAGUAUUUAACUUAAUUAAAUAGUGACCAUGCCUCUUAUAUGGUUGAUACAUGUUUGUUAUGUAAAAGUUUGCUUUAUAAUCAUACAUUAUAUUGUGUAUAAAACCGGAGUGCAUAGUUUGAGAUGAA